CCUAGGCAGGCAGUCCAUUCGCGGAAAUGACCGUGGAAAGAUGUCAAAUUUUGUCCAAAUGUUUUUAUUAUUUUUCAAAUCCAAGUACAGACGGAAAUUCAAUAAGUUCCGCAUAUUUCUCGUUGUAGUGACGUUUUAUUAUUCGUUUUUUAUAAAUCUAGCUUUAAGUUCUAAAUGUUCGGAUGUUCGAUGUAUUAACGGUGAAUGUGUAAACGGUACUUGUGUUUGUUUUGACGGCUGGAGAGGAGCUUCCUGUCAGUGGUGUACUGGAAAAGUCAAACUAUCAGGCACUAGUGGUUACAUUCACGAUGGCAUCGGUAACUAUUCGAUUGAUGUAAAAUGCUCCUGGCUCAUUGACGGAAGCGCGGUCCCAAACUCUUCCAUUCGUCUUCAUAUUGAGGAGUUUGCUACAGAGUGUGGGUGGGACCACCUUUACAUUUAUGAUGGUGAUUCAGUCCAUUCUCCCCUUUUAGCUGUUUAUAGUGGUUUAAUGUAUAAAGGUGAUUACAAAAUUAGAAGGAUUCCAGAAAUAGUAGCCAACUCAGGAUAUGCACUUAUACAUUUUUAUAGCGAUGUCGCUUAUAACAUGUCAGGUUUCAACAUAUCAUAUAGGUUGAAUUCCUGCCCCAGUAGGAUUUCAAGUGAAAAUUGUUCUGGGAACGGUGUUUGUCUUGAAGGGGUUUGCACUUGUGAUGCUUUUUACACUGGUGAAGCCUGUGAUACUAAAAUAUGCCCAAAUAAUUGUUCUUUCUCAAACGGGAGGUGUCAAGCCGACAAACACAAAUGUGAGUGUAAUCCUAAGUAUCGCGGUGAAGACUGUUCGCAAGUUGCCGACCAUGGGUAUUGGGAGGUUGUCACUCCCCGAGGGAGUCUCCCAAAAGGUUCAGCAUCGCACACAGCUGUCGUUUGGCGAGAUUCCCUCCACAUUAUUGGAGGGGAGUCUUACAACACUUCCGACAUGAUAUACACAUACGAUUUUACUGGAAAUGUAUGGGAAACCAAUCACAUGGACAGUAAGACGGCACCUACUCCUAGAUAUGGUCAUUCAGCAGUUAUUUUUGGAGACAAGAUUUAUAUUUAUGGAGGGGUUAAAAAUGGUGGAGUGGUUUGCAAUGAACUCUGGGCUUUUGAUGUCAGUGCUAAGUCGUGGGAGAACAUCACUGUACGGGCUGAACCAUGCAACACAACAUCCCUCUGUGGUCCAUUAAAGUCGGCAGGACAUACAGCUACACUUGUAAUGGGUAAACGGAAAUUGGAGAGAAUGGUUGUAAUAUUUGGCCAUUCUCCGAUAUAUGGUUAUUUGAACACUGUGCAGGAGUACCAUUUUGGUACUCGAGAAUGGAGCAUAGUCAAGACGAAAGGGUUCCCUGUAAAAGCAGGCUAUGGGCAUUCUAGUGCUUGGGAUUCUCUCACUGAAAAAAUCUACGUGUACGGUGGCUUCAUAUCAGAAUCACCUGCCACUCCUCUUCUUUCUAAUCGACUGUAUUCCUACGAGCCUGACUCCCAUACUUGGACUUUGUUGAGCAAUGGCCCUUCAGCACGCUUUUUACACACUGGCACAUUUCUUAAUGGACUAAUGAUUGUAUUUGGUGGAAAUACACAUAACGACACAUCGCAAUCCCAGGGUGCUAAGUGCUAUUCGGCUGAAGCACUCGCUUAUGAUGUCAUAUGUGACUCUUGGUCACCUCUUCAUGUUCCAUCGGCAUUAACUGCUGAUCUAGCAAGAUUUGGUCAUUCUGCUGCAGUUUUUUCAGAUUCCUUGUAUAUAUACGGGGGAUUUGAUGGACAAAUGCUCAAUGAUAUCCUCAAGUAUACAGGAGGAAACUGUAAAAGCCUGACCACGAUGAUAGCUUGUUUAAACACUAGGCCAGGUAUUAAAUGCAUAUGGGACAGAAAAGAGGCAAAAUGUUUUUCGGUUCUCGAUAUAUCCAAGGAGGUUCUUGUCAAUCCUAAUUUUGAUCCAGAUGAAAGUUAUUACGACCGAUGUCCACCAGAACGUAGAUCCACAGUUGCAGCUAAUAUGUUAACUUGCAACCAGCUGACUGACUGUAUAUCGUGUGUUCAUACAUCCUUGGGCUGUGGGUGGUGUCCCCUUUUAAACAGUUGUACGCAUGAUAAUGUUUGCAAACAACCGAUACCCCCACAUGCUACUGCAUACAACACAGUUAGGGCAGUAACAUUAAGCUCAGAAUGUCUGGUUGAAGAAGGGUCUAAUUGUCCGAUCCAUCACAGUUGUCAAACGUGUAUUGUGCAGCCAAACUGUCAUUGGAAGACAUAUAAUCAAUGCUUAGCUAAUAAUACGGAAUCGGUCAGUCACUGUGCGCCUAGUUGUAGCGAAUUAACUUCAUGCUUAAAUUGCACCCAGGAGGAGUGCAUUUGGUGCCACAACGAACAAAGAUGCGUUGAUAAAAAUGCUUAUACUGCUUCUUUCCCUUACGGCCAAUGUCGAGAAUGGUCAACUCAGAGGAGUCGCUGCCCUCUCACACCAGGUGAAUCCGCUUGCACGUCUCAUAAAUGGUGCUCAGAAUGUAGAGAUGCUCCAGAAUGCGGUUGGUGUGAUGAUGGUACAGGAACAGGAAAAGGUAUUUGCUUACCUGGGGGUAAUAAUCCUCCUCCAACUUGUCCUAAAAACCAUUGGUACUUCACACAUUGUCCAAGUUGCCAAUGCAAUGGUCACAGUACAUGUGCUAACAACAGCAGCGUAUGCAUUCAACCCUGUGCUAAUCUCACAUAUGGAGAACAUUGUGAAACAUGUAUUCCUGGAUAUUACGGCUACCCAGUUAACGGAGGGAACUGUACUCCCUGUGAAUGUAACAAUCAUGGCACUUUGUGCGUGCCUGAUACUGGAAAAUGUUACUGCACGACCAAAGGAAUUGUUGGAGACCAUUGUGAAAAAUGUGAUGGUCCAAAUCAUUAUCAUGGUGAUCCUACCAAUCACGGCUCAUGUUUUUAUGAUUUGACAAUAGACUACCAAUUUACUUUUAACUUAUCGAAAAAAGAUGAUAGACAUUAUACACAGAUCAAUUUUAAAAAUGAGCCUACAAAAGCAGAUGUUGAUGCUGAUUUUAGUAUAACAUGUUCAGUUAUGGCUAAAAUGAACAUAACUAUAAAAGCAGUGAAUCAACCUGAAAAGCCAUUUGUAUCUAAUCACAACUGUUCUAACUUCAGGACUCGUUUUAACAAAAAUGAUCACAAGUUUGGCAAAGUUGAAAAUGUGUCAUUGACAACAUUUUAUGUUUACGUUUAUGACUUCCAGCCGCCUCUAUGGAUUCAGAUUUCAUUCUCACAAUAUCCUAAAUUAAAUUUACAACAGUUCUUUAUAACAUUUUCUUCUUGUUUCCUUUUGUUACUCUUGGUAGCCAUAUUUUUAUGGAAAAUAAAACAAAAGUAUGACUUGUAUAGAAGGCGGCAGCGUAUGUUUGUUGAAAUGGAACAGAUGGCUAGUCGCCCCUUUUCUCAAGUAUUAGUUGAAAUUGAAAAAAGAAAUAAGUCAUCCAAUGACAACACUCCAACUUCUCCUUCUCCCGCAAAAAAGGAGUGUCCAAGCCCAAUUGCUCUUGAGCCUUGCAUUGGCAAUCGUGCAGCCGUUCUUUCACUUCUAGUCAGACUUCCAACCGGUGGAGGAGCGUUUACUCCAUAUGGACAAUCAGCUGGAUUGGCAAUUGCAUCUGCUCUUGUUACGCUUGGAAAUCCUCGCAAAGUCAGUAUUGAGGCAGUUAAAGGUGAUACAAAAGGAAAGUCACGGAAAACAGUUUCUAGCCAACAUCCUGAUUCUUGCAUAUAAUCAUUUUUGUAUAUAUUAUAAAAAAAUCACAUUUUUAAUUUACUAAUAUGUAACUUUUUUAAUGACAUCAGUUUUAAACUGUUUUAUUUCUUUUGUAAAUAGCUCACAAAUUUUUUACACUGCCAAUUUUUUCUUUUGUAUGUAAGUUUUAGUCUUCCAAUCUUGAAUGUUUUAGUCCCAUUGUUUUCUUUUGUUUAAAAUUUUAUUAUCAUGUUCAAUUUAAUUUAAUAUUUAAACAGUUCUUGAACACAUUCCAAUUCAAUUAUUAGAAAAAAAAGAAAGAAAAUUGGGAGAGAGAGAGAGAGAGUGAGAGAAAUUUAUUUUGAUCCGUUAUUUAUUAACAAGGAUCUAUGUGAUAUACAUAAUUCAUAAGUAGCGCGAUAUACUUUUUUAUGAUUAGUUUUUAUUAUUGAAACAAAAUAAAAAAGAUAAACAAUAUUACAUUUAAAUAUGCAUUUUCUUUCUCUUUCUUUAUUUACAAAUAAAUAAAAAAUAACCAGACAAAAGUCUUCAGAGAAGAAAGAAAUUUGAUCUAGAAGUCUGCUUAUGCCUGAAUUAAAUAUUCAUUUUUCAUCUUCUUUAUUAAAAAUGUACCAUCUUUUA